AACAGUCAGGGGGUGAUGAUACAUGGCUUUUAUCAAGUUCAUAGUGGGCUUUGAAAGUGGCUCAGUUCUUUUUUUACCACUGUGGACACAUCUCACCAAAAGAACUGGUACUCAGAAUUUCACCCUUCCCUGCAACAGGAUGUUGAAAUUGUUGACCUUUCUGGGUAUUUUUUCUUUCACUAGUUUAGGUUGUCUAAUAGAUGUUCAAAAAUUAAAUAGAGCUCUACACCAUAAACCUCUUUAUCUGGAAAGAACAAAUGAUGGUUUGAGAUUGGCUUCUCCGACAUCGAUAAAUUGGAGGGUCGUCCUGGAUUUCCAGACUAAUCAUCUCAUCCUGGCAUGCCCUGGUACUAAAAAUUAUCUCAUUUAUGGCGAAGAUGUAUUUGGUGAUCGUUUGGAGGGUGUGUGCUUCAUAGGUAGAAGUGGCCGUGUCACGAUACAAAUCAUGGAGAGGAUGUACAACGUAUACAAUUUUAGAUGUAGCCAUAGAUUGGAAUCGUUUGAAGUCGUACCUGACAGGUCAAACCUGUGUGGGUUCAACGAUUCAUUCAUCUACAAGACAGGAUAUAUUGUCAACGAUGAAUUGUUUCCUUUGAUUGAAAGCUGUCACGAUGAACAAACCGGUCGGACUCACUGGAGCAAACAUGAACUCCUUGGGAUCAGCAUGUCGGCAAUGAUUUCAAAUUACAAAGGGCCUAUUAUUACAAACAACAACGUGAACCUUUAUACAAACAUGGAAAUAGAAAAUGCUUAUAGACUGAGGAACCAAAGAGAUAGUCUGGCAAAAGUAUUGGGCAAAAAUAAAACAAAAUCUCUCAUGAAGAGAAAUAUAGACUCAUUUGUGAAAUCGCAAUUGGCCCCUCCGGCCGAUUUCAAGCUGGACACAUGGAAAGAUGUGGCCUAUCAUUUUGUAAACGCCGAGUUUCAAUGGCAACCAAUUAAUACUGGAUUGUGGAAGUCUUUGGAAAACGAAAUAAGGCAGCUGGCAAAAAUUCUAGAGCAAGAUUUUUCUAUAGUGACUGGAGCAAGUGGACAACUUGAGGUGAUAGACGAACAGGGAAAUAUGAAGCCCGUGUCCUUAGGUGAAAAACCCAACACGCUCUGGGUGCCCAGAUAUUUUUGGAAAAUCAUACAGAACAGGGACUACGAGUGCAUGGGUUUUAUAGUGAUCAAUUUCCAAGUGGACUAUUUGGAAGAGAGGUUUGUCGAUGGGUGCAGCCCAUGCUAUUUGUACGGUUGGCGAAAGCUGCUUGGAAAGGAAUACGCGGUGCAAUGCUGUAGCUACGAACUCUUGAGGUCCAUCGUCCCCGAGAUGCCGGUCCUCCAAUGUGACGACAUGCUUAAAUUUCAAAACAGAUUAGAGUAGACGGUCCUAGGAUAUCACUUGUUAAAUCGAAAUAAUAUGUUUUAUUGAAAUUCACCCUUAGAAGUGGUGAUUACAAUUUCAUUUGUCUUUCCCUGUGAUUACUGAGAUCUUCAUUGUUAUACAAAAUCCGCCCACUUUUAAAUGUUCUAUUAUAAUUUAUUGUAUUUAUUAUAAAAUUAAUUGUUGAUGAAUAUUUAUAAAUA